UCAUUGUCAUAUACUGUGAAAUGACUGUGAAUCUGUGGUCUGUGAAUCUGUGAACAGAUUCAAAAAAUGUGCUUUUCCAUUUAAUAAAAUAAUUAUUAAAAUCAAAGUGUUUGAUCCGGAAAGUAUAUAAUGGAUGAUUUUGAAGAUUUACCUGAAGAUAUAGGAGAUAUAGAGAUUAUUUAUUCUGAUGACGAGGAUGAGUACAACGAGGAUCUUGUAAACGGUCAACAACUUGGGGAUGAUCAUAUUGAAACUGAAGUAAUCGAUGUCUCUAUUUCAACAUUCUCAAAACAUACAAAGUCUAUUUUUACCAAUGAUGUUAGUAAAGAUGAAAUGUUAGCUGUUACAGGAGGUGAAGAUGAUGUCGCAUAUGUCUGGAAUAUUAAAACAGGAGAGGUAGUCUUUGAAUGUACCGGUCAUAAAGAUUCCGUUACGGAAGUAGGCUUUAAUCAUAAUGAUCAAUAUGUUGCAACUGGAGAUAUGGCUGGACUUAUUCAGGUUUGGUCUAUUCAAGAAAAAAAGCUAAUAUGGUGUUAUGAAGGUGAUGAUAUGGAAUGGCUUUCUUGGCAUCCUGCAGCGAAUGUCUUGAUUUGCGGUUGUCAGACUGGCGAUAUAUUUGUGUGGCAAAUACCAUCUGGUAACUGUAAAGUAUUGCCAUCGCCGACUAAUGUUUCUUGUACUUGUGGCAUAGUUCUGCCAAACGGCAAACAGCUCUUAGCUGGGUACGACGAUGGACAAAUUCGAUUAUGGGAUAUUAAAGAUUCAGCAACAAUAUGGAUGAAUAUUGAUAGUAGUUCAGUAAACACUUUGGAUAUUAAUUCAGAUGGAACAUUAGCAAUAGUCACUCCUGGGGCUCAACUAAUUAAAAUGGCCGAUGGUAAAACUAUAGCUAGCGUUUUAAUUGAGCAUGAGAGUGAAAUCGAAUCAGCUAUUUUUGAUAAUGAUCUUGGAGUUGUUAUAACUGGUGCUUUGUCUGGACAGCUGUGUGUAUGGCAACUUGGUAGGAUUACUUUAAGACACCAAGCAAAAAUUGAGGCAUCUGUGACUUUAAUGAAGAGAGGUAGUAACAAUAAAAUAUUUAUUGGGGCCAACGAUGGUUGUGUGUAUGUAUGUGAUAUAAAAGGUGGAACUUUAAAAGAAGUAUUAACUGGUCAUAAAUCUGAGAUUUUAAGUAUAUCUGUAUAUUCUAACGGUGAAAGAAUUUUGACGACAUCAGAUGAUGGAACGGCAAAAAUAUUUGAAGUAAAAAGCUAGCACUUUUAUUUCUGUAAUUUAAAAGUUUUUUUUUAAGUCUCAAAAAAGUAUCUAAAUACAAUACAAUUUUAAUGAUGCUACUAUGCAUCUCUAUUAUGAAACAAUAGACUUGUUUCUUUCUUAUACCGCAUGUUUCAAUAAAUUUAAUUUCAAUAAGUUUUUCAGCAUGUUAAUAAUUUUUAACCAACUGUAACGUGUCUGAGGAAAUUUCUUUGAUUUUAUUUUAGCAAUAAGUGUUAUAGAUGCAUUUAUUUUUGUUAUAAUUAAAUAAAACCCAUUUAUGUUGAUGCAAUAACUUACUUAAAGGUUGCAUAAGGUUUUCAAGCACAGAUAGUGUGAUUUUUCAGUAAGUAAAUAGGUUGUUGUUAAUCUUCAGUUGUAAAAAAUAUCACUCUAAUAAUGAAUAAAUACAAAGUGAUUUAAAAUUUG